UCAAAAUAUUUCAUCAGACGAAGUGGGGAUUUCAAAGAUAUUUCAUAAUAUGCACAACAAUUUCAAUAUUGUGUAAUUGUAACAACUAACUCUUAACCGGGCGCGUUAAAGACACAUCUUUCCAAAGUUCCUGACACAAAAUCAAUACUCAUAGUAUUGUGCUUAUUUCAUUGUUGUUUGUACAGUUGAAAAUAUUAUUGUUUUUGUUACGUCAUUGUAAAUAGUUUGGCAGCGGUUUGGCUUGUGUACAAUUUGUUUAUUCACUUGAAUCGUGUUGGUGAGAGCAAUAGGUUUAAUGUGACCUUGAACCCAGAUCAAAACAGCUGUUAAGUACAAACAUGGAUUCGUUCUUCAGCCUCUUCGAUCCGUCAGAUGGAAACGCGAACAAACAGAAUAACAAGAAAAGACAUAAAAACGACCAAGAAAAUGCAAGGAAGAACCCAGACGCACCCAAAGGGAGACGGAGAGGUCGCCGUUCCCAGGGGAAGAAUGAAACGCUACCAGAAGAAUCGUCGUUCUUGUGCGAACCGGAUCUCAGCACAGAGAUAUUAGUUAAGGAUUACAGCUACAUUGAGAACUACAUCGAAGUGAAUAGAAGGGAUGAAGAUACAAAAGAAGACGAGAAGAAACCACGCAGAAGAAACUCAGGCCGAAAGAACAGACGCAAGAAGAACAAAAUAUCACCAGCGAAAGAUGUUCUAAGCGCAGCGUGGCAGAACUGUCCACCAGAAGCACCGGAAACGUUAAACAAUCAGUCGUCAAUACCGAAGAUUUGCGACGAGAAAAUUGGCAAAAACGUCAACGAUUUGAAAUCAGAAGACGAUUUUAAGAAGAAUAAGAGGAAACCGUUCAAUGAUGAUGAGGAUGCGAAGAGAAGUGGGACGAAGUUCGCUGAUCGCGUUUACAACGUCAUCGACAAGCUCGAGAAAGUGAGGAUCAAGGACGAUAUGUAUCUAACUGGUGACUUCAAUUCUGAGGACCUGGAGAGUGACUUCUUCUACAGCUCUGAUGACAUGGAGGAUCUCUGUGAUGACACGACAUCCGAUGCUGAAGACUCUGGAGACGAGUGCUACGGUAGUCUACCCCCGGAGCCUCGAUUCGGCAACGUCGAAUACAAAUUACAACUAGUUUCGCCGUGCGAGAGACGCUUCCAGCAUUUAGUGACACAGCUGAAGUGGCGCCUGCGGUCGGGCGGCGGCGCUGCGGUGUACGUGGUGGGCGUGCGGGACUGCGGCGCGCUGCGGGGCCUGCGCGCCGGAGCCCUACGCGCCUCGCUGCGCGCGCUGCGGGACAUGGCGCGCGCGCUCGGCGCCGUGCUCGUGUCCGCCAGGGCGCGCCGCGUGGCGCCCGCGCGCGCCGUCGCCGAGGUGUACAUCCGCAAGUUAGCGGACACGCAACAGAGCGUCGAGCUGCGAGUUGCGGUGAUGGGAGCGAACGAAGCGGGCAAGUCGACACUUAUAGGCGUUUUAACUCAAGGUGAACUUGAUAACGGUAGAGGGAGCGCUCGUUUGAACAUGUUCAGACAUUUGCACGAAGUGAAAAGUGGAAGGACGUCUUCUCUCAGCCACGAGAUACUCGGCUUCGAUGCUCAGGGUAAUGUCGUCAACUACGGCUGCUCCGAGUUGAUGACGGCGGAGCGCAUCGGAGAGAGGAGCGCCAAGCUGGUGUCGUUCCUGGACCUGGCGGGCCACAGCAAGUACCAGCGCACCACGCUGCACGGCCUCACGGGCUAUUCCCCGCACUACGCCAUGCUCGUUAUAUCGGCAACGGCGGGUAUCACUCGUAUCACCGAAGAGCACAUCGGGCUGCUGCUCGCCUUAGACAUGCCGUUCUUCGCGGUUAUCAACAAGUGUGAACUUGUUAGCAACAUCAAUACCGUUGUUGCGAGGCUGGCGCAGUUGUUGGAACCCGCUAACAAGAAACCUCUAUUAAUAACGGACGAAAACAUGGCGAGGAACUGCGUCGCGCCGCAGAAGUCAUUAUUAGAUACCAUAGACAGUGUAGACGAAGAGAUCAAAAAGGAGGACGAGCGGGUGGCCGUGUUCCCGGUGAGCUGCGUGCGCGGCGCCGGCCUCAACGCGCUGCACGCGUGUCUGCUGGCGCUGCAGCCGCGCCGGGACCUGCUGCAGCGACCCGAGGACGAGGCGUGCGAGUUUCAAAUCGAUGAAAUAUUUCACGUGGGGGACUCGACGGGCCCCGUCGUGGGAGGCCUGCUCGCACGAGGGCGGCUGUUCGAGGGCGACGAACUCAUCAUAGGUCCGCUGGAGUCCGGCGAGUUCGCGGAGAUCUCGGUGCGCACGAUAUACCGCAACCGCGUCCCGUGCGGCAGCGUGCGCGCCGGGCAGUCGGCGUCGCUCGGGCUGGGGCGCUUCCCGCCGGGCCUGCGGCAGGGCAUGGUGCUGCUGGCGCGCCCGGGGGGCUACGCCGCGGGACACGAGCGACCCACCUUCGGGGGCUGUCCGCCCGGGACCUGCAGAGGACGACAGAUAUCAGAACUGGUCCAAUCGUCGCAAAAUUCGGAGAAGAAUCGCAAGAACGCCAGGAGGCAGAACAAGAACAUCCUCCAGGACAUAGCCAAUGCUAAGAACAGCCUCACCAAGAGCUCGGACACGAAGUGCGCCAACGUGUUCGUGGCGGACGACGACAAGUACAGCGCGCAGGAGCGCUGCGUGUGCGACGACUUGGUGUUCCUCGAAGACCCGAACGACCCUAGGGGCUGUAUAUACUUCCAGGCGUCCGUCCACGUGCUCAGACACUCGACGGCCAUCUACCCCGGGUUCCAGUGCUCCGUGCACGUCGGCAACGUGCGACAGACCGCUAUCAUCGAGGGCAUAAUGUCGCCGAACAGCGUGCUGCGCGCGGGCGAGGCGGCGUCCGUGCUGUUCCGCUUCGCGCGCUGCCCCGAGUACCUCGUGCGCGGCCGCCGCCUGCUGUUCACGGCCGGGCUCGGCACCAGAGCCAUCGGCCGAGUCACCCAGACCUUCCCCUACAUACCAUGAAUUAUGUACUAAGCUCCAAUGUAAAGUUCGAGAUCUCUCUAGAAAAUUCUAGAUAAAUUAAAUAUAUUAAUUAUAUAUAAACAAACAACCUUUUCUUGUCAUAUUAACAACAUGUUAGUAUUCUUAAAGUUUUUGCGAGAAAAAUACGGUCGCGGAAUUAGUUUCGACUGAAUAAAUAUCGGAAUUUCGACGUUUUUUAUAUGAAUAAGGACUUUCAUCCCAUAUUGAAAUCUCGUGGGUGAUAAAUUUAAACUAAUAUUAUAAACGCGUGAGUCAUGAGCGGAAGCGUUUUGAGACGUUUUUUUUAAUGUUUUAAUUUGAUCUGUUAGUACGAUUAUCUGUUAUCAAAUUAUAAGUUCGAUACUCUAUCUGUUGUUCUUGCGCGCUCAAAUCACUAAUCCGAAUUUGAAGCAAGCUUGAACUCUAAGGAACGACGUAGGCUAUUUUUUGGCCUAAAAACUUCUUAAAAGCGAGGGAAGGGAAAGGGGAAGAGUUUUCAAAUGUGCUCACAUUAUCUAAUCUAAUAUAAGAAACUUAGUCGAUGUUAAAGUUUUAUUAAGUGGAUUAAAUAUAUUCAAAGUUCUUCUGAAUAUAAUAAUAUGGAAUAUAAAAAAAGCUUCUAUAUAUAACAAUCCAAAACUAGUUUUUAUGUACAAUACAGACAUACAUACCAUUUUUAACGAAUAUAAAAUAUUUAAUGGAUGCAACGAGUUUGUGAACAAGGAAUAUAACAUUGGAAACUAAUCCAAGAUCUAACUAUCUAUUUGAAAUUAAAAAAAGAGUGUUAAGAAUUAUAUUUAAAAAAAAUAUUUAUUCUAAAACAUGAAAUUUUUACUUAUACCAUUUUGCUUACCUACCUUUUCGUGACGUUAGUGCGACAGACGAACUUAAUCUUAUCGUAUCUUAGUUAAAAUAUUAAAUUAUUUAAAAGUUACUACACGCUAUGGGAUUGAAGUUUAUCGCCUCGAUUGAAAAUUACACAUACAAUUUACAGAAUGGUAAAUUAUUUAAUACCGGUCAUUAUAAUUCCAGAGGAGAAAAGAUAAACAAACCCUUAGACUCACAUGAGAUUUUAUAACUCGGCUAUAUUGUACUACAAACAGUUCAUGAUUAAUAUAUAUCUCUAUUUAUAACACAACACUAUACUACUUAACUAUUUACAGCCUAUUCCAAACGAAAUUGGAAUAAAGAUAAACAAAAGAUAAACGUAUUUCAUGCGAUUUGCUAUACUUUGCACUACUGGGAGUUUUUUUAUUAAUAUAUCUUUACAUAUAAUAUAACACUAUUAAACGUAUCUACUUAUGUCUACUUAAAUUAUACUUCCAAAGUUUAGUUCACAUUUUCGUCGUCGUUAAAAACGCAUUUUUUUUCCUAAAUCCAUAAUGAAUAUCAUAGACUAAUUAUUCUAGCUGUCGACCAAUGACAUUGCGUUAAUUCGCUGUCUAAUGUUGUUUUUUUGGCUUAUGUUCCCUUGUGGUUGGAAUAGACUAUAUAAACACUUUACAUUACUUACAAAGUACCGAUAACAACGUCGUUAUUUUGCCGCGAACUCGCAAUGAAUAUCACAGAUUAUUAAAAUUUCGACCGAUGAUAUCAGUAAUCAGAAUCAGUGUUGCAGAACCACCGAUAGUUGACAUCGAUAGUAUCGAUAGCUCCGUCAGCAAUACUAUUAGCGAUACUAUCGAUAGUAUCGUACUAUCGGUAGCCAGUGAUGUUCGAUAGCAUUGCUUUUUUAAAUAAAAAAAAUAAAAAAACUUAUUAACAACAACAACAGUGUUGCUAAUAUUGGUUCACUUAAUAUAACAGAUUUAAACUUUGUCGCUUGCGCAAAAUGUAUUAAUUCUUUUAAAAACGAAUGUUUUUUUUUUGCAGUACACUCGAUAGUUUCGCUGUUAACAACAGUAUUGCUCAUGGCGAUCUAUCGAUUCUAAUAUACAGUAGUACAAAUUGGGCUUAACAGUUACUAAUGAAAAUGUUGCCACAUUAAAAAUAUCUGACAAGUCAAUAAUUGCUGCUUUAUAUUAUUUAUAUAUUCAAUAUUAUACAAUUUUAAUUUACGAAUGAUUUAAGUUAUAUUGUAUACCAAUACAUAGGUUCAAAUUGAAUAUAGUUUAUUUUUUUUUGAGUUCUGAGUAAUUUUUAACAUGUGAACUUAAUUUAAUAUUGAAUUGAGUGUAGUUUUUUCUUUCAAUUUCGUUAAAAUCGGGUCAAGCGACAUUUCAAUUAAUUUGAAUUGAAUCUUGAAAUGAUUUUGCAAGAAUAAAAAAAAAAAAAAAAAUGUAAAGCAAUCGAUACUGAAUGUAGAUUUUGCCAAGAAACUGAAUAGUUAGUUUAUUCAAUUCAAAUGAAAUUAUAUAUUAUAUAAUUGUUACAUAGAUAACUAUUCAUUACAAUACAUAACCAUCUAAAAAGUUUUGUCAAGCCCCAAGUGCAAAUCCUUAAGAUGAAGUUUGUUUUUUUUUUUAUUUACUUUAGUUCUUACAAAUCAAAUGCUACUUUUGUAUUAAGCCACGCUCAUAUAUUAGAAUCCAAUAAUAAAUUGCGACUAAUUUAAUACAAGUAUUUUAUAUGAUAAACAUUAUAUAUUAAUAAUAAAAAGAAUAUUAACAUAUUUCGUAAAUAUAUGCUUGAUGUUUUCAAUUACACAAACGUCACGACGCCAUUUUGAUAUUCUAAUUUUGGCGCGAUUAAUAUUAACACUACCUCUCGUAGUUUUCAUUUAGUAUUAAAUCUUGUAUAUUAAAUCUAAACGAUUUAUUUAGUUCCUGUAAGUGGUUAUUACUUGCGUUUUUUUUUUUUUUUUAAUUUAAUUUAUCCAUAUCAAUGUAACCAAUGAUCGGAAUAUUUCAUACUCAUUUAGCUUAAAUGAAUGUCAUAACAAUGACUUAAAAAGUCAUCAAUUUAUUGAAGCAAUCUCCAUUUUUUAUCUGUGGUAUCAGAAAUAAUUAUACUGACUUAUUAAUUGUAAGAGCAAUAUUAAUACAUUUAAACUAUUUUUAUAACUAAGUAACUCUGUUUCUUAUUAACCGAGUUGGACCCCAAGAAAGGACAUAGCCUGCCUUUUUAUACCUAAACCUAAACCCUAAUACCCUAACAGACGGCGAAAACUUGUAUUCAAUCAAUGUAAGGUAAUUAAGUUUCGUUUCGUUUUUUUUUUAUAUGAAACGUAAAAUGCUAAAAUUAUUUUUGUUUAUAAAAACUAUGUAUUUAUUUACCACAGCUUGAAUUAGGAAUAGAGGUUGUAACAACACUGUCUGUAAAUUUUAAACAAGCUUAUACGUUAUUAUUAAAUCAUGAAAUAUUCCAAUCAGUGAUCAGUAUAAAUAAAAGUUAAAUUCCGUCUAUUAACUUACUAAAUAUGAAGAAGCUAGAAGAAUUUUUAAACUAAAUUGUGAUUAUAUUUUACAUUUUUGUAUAUUUGUACAAAAUUCGUUUUUUCACUUCAUGAAAAUAAUAGUUCGUUAUUUUAAACCGCCAUUUUGAUGUCAUAAGAAAUGGUCUUCAUUAGGGCUCCCUGCAGAUAAAACAUAAUUUCUUUAAUAUAAUCUGUGUGUUUGAGUGUUAUAAAAAAAAGCAUAAAUAGGCUGCCUAAUAACUCUAAUAAGUUUGGACAUUAAUUUGACGUGACGCCAUUUUUAAAUUGUGACAUUUUGAAGGGAACAAAAUUAAUUAUUAUUCGGUUGUUUUGUUUUGCUUUAAGUAAGUAAAUACAAUUCUAAGGAAAUUAUUUAUUGUAUACUUAUUAUAUAAAAGAAUACCUAUAAAAUAAGUCCUACUAAGAAAAUAUUUAAUUUGUAAGUGAUUUUUUUCUAUAUUUACCUGUCUACCAACAAAUUUGUGUUUUAUCUGUAUAAAGCUAAGGCUCAUUUUCGCUCUAGCCUUGUAAAAAUGUUUGAAAUUUAAAAAAAAUACACUUCUAACUCUGCAUACAAUAAUAGUCCUUAUUACAUAUCUAUUGAGUACAUAUUUUAUUAAAUCUGUAUGUCUCAAAUUAUCAAAAUAUUCGAAUUAAUUUAAUGUAAGAGUCGAAUGGUUGGCGAAUGAACCUAUUUGUGUUAAAGAAUGAAGUGCGUGUAUGAUCUGGGGAAGUUCGCUUGUAUUAUUUAAAUUUGAGACGUGAGAAACUACUGAAAAUUGACAAAAAUAAACGACGUAUUAGGAAUAAAUAUUAGCUCAAUCAUUAUUAAAAAUUUGUCUGUUUUUUAAAUUUUGCUUUUAGCUCAAUUGUGUGAUUUGGAAUUUAAAUAAAUUAAAUCAAUGUAUUUUACUAACUUAGAAACAUGCUGGGUAUUAAUAAUAAAAAAAAAUGUAUUAAACUGUAUAAAUUAUUUCUUUCAAUA